UUGUGAACAUACUCUUCGAGGUUAUACAAACGAUAAAGAUGUUCAUAUCUCAGGCCCACAACAAACAAGAACCGCUGAUUUUGCGAAAGAGCUCAGAAAUAUAAAAUUCAAAGAAGCUUUUGUGAAAUUUUUGAUAGAACAUUGGGCUGAUCGCGAGAUGGCUACGAUUAUCGGUGACAAAACAAUAUACCUCAAUCAUGACUUAUGUUAUGUAUAUACUACUACCAAUAAUGAAGUGACGAAAAAGGUUGAUUACGAUUUGUCUUGUCAAGACCACGAAGAAGCGGAUACAAAAAUUGUCAUUUUUACUUGUCAACUUAAAGAAGAUUCGACAGUUAUUAUUAGAACUUCUGAUACUGAUAUUGCUGUAAUUAUGUUGAGUAAUAUGGAGCGUUUGCAAGCAUCAAUAAAAAUAUGGAUCGAUCUCGGAGUAGGUAAUGCUCGGCGAUAUAUCAACGUUUCUGCUCUUUUUGCUGAGUUGUCCAUACAAUGGCCAUUUAUAUGGUUUGAAAAAAAUAGCAGUUGUUAACCUAGCUAGAAAUGAAAUUUUUAAUAAGACUUAUAAAGUUGCAGACAUCGCCCAAUCAUUCUCUCUAAAUGUACGUAAUUACGAUGCUUGUAACUUGCCUCCAUGCCAAUCAGAGCUACGGCAACAUUUAUUGAGAACAAAAUACAUUGUUUGUUUGUGGCGAAAUGCACAGUUUCGAAUUAUAAGUGACAUGUCACCAACAGAUUUCGGAUGGAAAAAUGUUGAAGGAAAGUUGGAGAUGAAUUGGUUUAUAGGGAAUCAGCUUCCAGACGUCUAUGAGGACAUUGUUAUUUCACCGGAUAUUUUAGGAGAAACUCCAGAUUCAGAUACGCAAAAUUUUGAUGAAAAUGAUUCAUCUGAUUUGAACGCCCAGUACGAAGAGGAGUCGUCAGACGAAGAAGAUUGA